CUGGUGAUGGGGUUGAUGCUUGAUCUCCAAAAGCUCUACCCUGAAAUUGUACAUCACAGUCAAUUAUCAGAAAUGAAGGGAGCAUCUACAGAAAAGAUCCUGGCCUCCUUCUGCAAUGCCCUGAAAUCUAUUGGAGAUUUGUGGAUUACAAACCAUGAUCGGUUGGACAAACAGAAAUAUGAUAUACCAAUAAUACCAUCAUUCAAAGAGAAUGUCAAUUGGGAGCAACGCGUUGGAACCGUGGUGGCAAUACUUGAGUGCUUGAUUAAGAUAGCAAGGGCCAAAUUCGAUAUGAUGGACGAAGAGGAGCAGAAAGGCAACUGCAGCCCUCAAGGUGACUCAUUCCAGAGAUUCUUAGGCGACACCGAUUCAGAGAGUUAUACCUCUAGCUGCCCUUCUCCCCUCACUCCAUCCUCUGUCCUCCCGGAUAUAAAAGAGUUUGGUUCCCUCAAAUCUCAAAGGAGAUCAAACGCUUCUUCUAACUCACCGCUUGUCUUGACUUUGAGAGUGCAGGCAGUGGGGAAACUCAACCCAAUUGAUGUUAAGCAUUUGUCACUUCACUUAUCAAACAAAGAAGCCUGCGAUACAAGUAACAAAUUGGUUGAUGAACCAUCAAGAGAGACGGUGGAGAGUAGUCCCGAGAAAAUACCAGGGGAAGAAAAGAGAUGUAGCAGCGCAGGAGAUAAAACAGCAGAGGUUCCAAAUCCAAGUUUUAAUGAGAAUGAUACCAGAAAUGGUAUAAUAGACAACAACAACUGUAAUGAUAUUAGCAUUCCAGCCACAGCCCCUGAAACUUCCACAGUAGAUACAAAAGAAUUGCCUCUAUCCUCACCACCCACAUCAUCACCAAAUCUCACAGCAAUACCUGUACCACCACCCCCACCACCACCACCACCACGAACAACAACAGCAGCAGCAAAUGCAGCAGAAGCGAGGCAGCCACCUCUAUCUAUGGCACUGGGAUCGACAAAAGCUGCUUCACCAGCACCACCACCAGCAUUUGCAUCACUAAAUGAAGCACCAGCUAGGCAGCCACAGCCAACUCCAUCUAAGACACUGCUAUCAACAAAAGUUGCUCCAUCACCACCACCACCUACACCAACAACAUUAUCACCAAUAAAUGCAGCACCAUCUAGGCAGCCAACACCACUGGGAUCAACAAAAGCUGCUCCACCACCACCACCUCUGCCCAUGACACCAGGAUCAGCAGCAGCAGGCCCACAAAAUGCACCACUCUCGCCGGUUGCAACUAUAUCUGCUCCGCCACCCCCACCACCCAUGCGGCUUGCAAAUGGAGCUGCUCCACCCCCACCUCCACCCAUGGUGAGGCCUGCAAAUGGAACUGGUCCACCCCCACCUCCAGCACUUGGUGGGAGAUCCUUACUUGCAAAGAAAUCAAAUACUAAAUUGAAGAGAUCAUCCCAAAUGGGAAGUCUGUAUCGGACUCUCAAGGGGAAGGUGGAAGGGUCUAGCUUAAUUGAUAUUACAUCCAAUGGGAAAAAGGGUGCAGCUGGGAGCAGCACAACAGGUGGAAAAGGAAUGGCUGAUGCUCUAGCAGAGAUGACAAAAAGAUCAGCGUACUUUCAACAAAUUGAAGAAGACGUCCAGAAAUAUUCAAAGGCUAUAAUAAAUAUGAGAAACAGCCUGAGUUCUUUCCAAACAAAAGAUAUGAAUGAGCUGGUAGAGUUCCACAAGCAAGUAGAAUCCAUUCUUGAACACUUUACGGAUGAAUCACAGAUUUUAUCAAGGUUUGAAGGAUUCCCUACAAAGAAGUUAGAAACAUUAAGAACAGCAGCAGCACUCCACUCAAAGUUAAAUGCAAUGUUCAGAGAACUACACAAUUGGAAGAUAGAGGCUCCCCUAGGUCCACUCCUUGACAAGACUGAACGCUAUUUCACCAAGCUGAAAGGAGAAAUAGAUAAACUGGAGGGAACAAAAGAUGAAGAAGCUAAGAAAUUUCAGAGUCAAAAUAUCUACUUUGACUACAAUAUCCUCAUCAGGGUAAAAGAAGCAAUGGUGGAUGUUUCCUCAGGCUGCAUGGAGCUAGCACUAAAGGAAAGAAGAGAGGCAAAGGCCAAUGGAGAAUCACACACUACUGGAACUAAAACUGAUAAAAAGCAGUUAAAGGGAAGUGUUAAAAUGCUAUGGAGGGCUUUUCAGUUUGCGUUCAAGGUUUACACCUUUGCCGGUGGACAUGAUGAUCGUGCAGACAUGCUCACAAGAGAACUAGCUACUGAAAUUGAGUCUGACCCCCAUCACCAUUGA